AUGGGGGCUGCGCCGCCCCGCCGGCGCCCGCAGGGGGCGCGCGCGCUCUCGGGCCGCCCGGCGGCGCGCGCCGCCUCCUCCUGCUCGUUCCCCGCCCCUGCCCGGGCCGGCGGCGGCGCGCGCGCGGCGCUCCCUGCACGGCGCGAGGGGCUCGCGCGGCGCGGGGGGGGCGAGACAAAAGGCUCGGGCGGCCGAGGCGCGCGCGCGGCCGCACGAGCCCCGCCCGGGCCCGGCCGCCACGAGGCGCUGCGGCCGCGGGGCCGCCGCGGGAAGGGGCGUGCGCGGCGCGGCGGCGGCAGCCGGGAGGGACGGGGGUCCGGCGGCGGCUCCGGGCUGCCGGCUCCGUCCGUCCCUGUGUGUUUGGAGCGGAGGAAAGAUGGCAGCGGCUGCACUUCCUCUUGCACUUUCACCCCUGGGGGGAGGAGAAGGAGGGGGCGAUACCACCCCCCCUACAAAAAUCCAGCGGGGGCCCCCCGGCUGCUGCUCCCCGACCAAGCGCCGCCGCCGCCGCCGGCCCCGGUCCGGGCCCCGCCCGCUUCGACGCACCCUCACCACCGGCGCCGCAAACUUUCCUCUCUUCUUUGGACGAGAAGACCCCCACCCUAUUCACGGAGACCCCCCCCCCCCCCCCUCCAGCCACUCGGGCUCCCCCCCUGCCCCCCCGCUUCCUGCCCCCCUCCCUCCCCGCAUCCGCCAAUGCAAGAGCAGCCAGAGCCAGCAGGCCGGCCCCCACCCCGCCCGCCCGCGGGGGCUGGGGGCUGCAGUCUCCCCCUUCCCCAGCACCGAUCCUCCAAUGCCGAGCCGGCAGUGAGGCCCCCGCCCGCGGCUCACGGGGGUGGUGGGGCUGCGCUCGCCCCCUCCCCCAAAUAUCCGGGCUGCAGCUCGCCCCCCAGGUCCCCCUCCCGCUAUAGAGAGGAGGAGGGGCCGGCGGGGGGGCUGCAGGCGACCUUCCCCCCUCCCCAGGCGCGAAUCGUCCAAUGCAAACCCUCCCGGAGCUGCAGAGGCGCAGAGCGGCCCCCACCUCCUCGGCUCGCCUGA